AUGCGCUCGACCCGGUCGCUUCAAGCGCGCUCCCAGCACUCGUCGAGCAUGAGCUACCACGACCAGUACAUCAUGGCGCCGGCCCAGCCAGCCUUCUCGUUCCAGCCGCCGACGCCGAUAACCGCCUCGGGCGACGCCGGCUACACCGUCAGCUCGUCGGCCUCGUCCUCCUCGGCCCUCCCCAUGCCCAUCCCCAUGUCGGCCCCGUCUACUCGCGCAUCGUCUCGCGCCGGCACGCCCUCGUCGAGUCGAGGCGGCAGCGCGCGGCACCACCCGUACUCGGCGUCGCCGGCGUCGUGGUCGGAGCACUCGCUCCCGCUGUUCCGCCCUCAGUCGGCGACGAGCGCGAGCGAGUACAGCGCGUGGGACAGCGACGCGAGCUCGUUCGACAUGCAUGGGUCGUCGUUCGGGUCGUACAGCUUCUCGCCGGCGUCGAGCCACGACGUGCCGGCGUCCCGACCGUCGACCGCCUCGUCGCCCUACGUCGCCGACGCCGCACCGGCCAAGAUCGGCCGCAACGGCAAGCCCGUCAAGUCGCACUCGCGCAAGCAGGCGCCGGGCCACAUCAAGCGUCCGCCCAACGCCUUCAUCCUGUUCCGCUCGCACUGCUGCGCGCCCGAGAGCGUCGACCCGUCCCUCCCCGACCCGCCCGGCACGGCCCACGCUCGGUACCUCGCGUCGCUCGAGAUCAACAACAGCCAGCACAUCUCGAUGAUCGUCAGCCAGGUGUGGAACCAGCUCAAGCCCGAGGAGAAGGACUACUGGGACGAGAAGGCGCGCUUCGCCAAGGAGGAGCACGCCCGCCUGCACCCUGACUAUCGGUACCGGCCUCAACAGCGCGGCAAGGAGACCGUCCGUCGUCGCAAGAAGCCCGAGCCCAAGGACCGCAACCAGGAGCGCAACGCGUGCACCGAGGUCGCCCAGCAGGUCCUCAAGCUCGAGGCGACGAGCUUCGAGCGCCGGCACGAGGGCGAUCUCGCCGUCGACUACGUCCAGCAGGUCCAGGCCAACAUGCCGUCCGGCGUUCCAGGCGCCGCCACCGCCGCCGACGAGGACGUCGCGCCUUCCUCGAUGUCGUCGGCCGAGGCCAAGCGCCCUCGGCAGCCCUCGCCGCGCAAGACGCGUACCCGCCGAGCGCCGGCCAAGUCGAGGGCAAAGGCUUGCGCGCCCACGCCUGCACCCUCGGCGUCGCCGUCGCAGGCGUCGUCGAGCCAGGUGCGCACGGUCAAGCUCGAGCCGACGGUCGCCGCCUCGCGCGGGCCCUCGUUCGACGAGUACUCGUACCUCGCGCCGCCGGGCUCAGCGCCGCAGCCCUCGUCGUCGGGCCUUGCGCGGCAGCUCGAGCAGGGCGACUUCUCGGCGGUGGCGGUCCGGGCGCAGUACGGGCGCCGGACGAGCCACACGCGCACGCAGCCGCCCGGCCCCGCCGACGAGGACCAGCCCUUUGCCUUCGUCACGCAACUCGACUCGCACAUCGGCGGCAGCCACUUCUCGUCGUCGUCGUCGGUGUCGGACUCGUCGCUCUCGGCGUCGGCUUCGAGCUCUUCCUCCUUCCCCAUCGAUCCUCGUCUCGAGAACCUCUCGGCCCCGGCCCCCUAUCCGCACGACACGUUCCCUGUCGACGUCUCGCCCUUCGACCCGCAGUUCAGCCUCGACGCGUCGCGCUCGGACCCAUCGCCGACCGGUUACCUCGUCGAGCCGGCGUACCCUCCCUCGAGCGUCCCGCCUGUCUCGUCCCGGCCCUCGACGGCGCACGACGAGGCCCUGAGCCAGAUGCAGAACUACACGCUCGGCGGGCCGAGCAGUCUCGCUUCGUCGACGUCGUUCGGCUCGGCGCUCGGCGACCUUCCCAAGUCGGGCGCCCUCCUCGCCGAGCGUCGGGCAGCCGCAUCGCCGAGCCCGCUCGACGCGCUACAGCGUCGUCGUGGUACGCUGAGGGCUAGCGACGUCGGCGCCGGCAGCAUGGGCGACCUCAUGCUCAUCUCGCCGCUCACGACGACGUUCAACGGCCGGCGCCAGUCGAUCGGCUGGCAGCCCACCGUCCGCCGCGUCAGCCUCGCCGGCGGCAGCGUCGCUCUUGCACACGGGCAGGUGCACCCGCAGGCGUCGACGCAGCCGCAGGAGCACGGCCACGACGGGCAGCUGCUCCCGCCGGCGCAGGCGUUCUGUCGUCGGUCGUCGCUCAGCACGACCGUCAUCUCGGCCGAGCAGCUCGACACGGUCACGUUCUCGCAGGCCCUCCUCGACACGAUCCCGACCGAGGGCCUGAGCGACGGCCUGUCGCAGUACUCGUUCGGCGACGCGCCGAGCUUCGGGCUCUCGCCGCCGGGCCAGGGCGCGUACGACUCGGACCGCCCGUCGACGGCCGACAGCACGUGGUCGGUGGACGACGUCGAGCGCCUCGAGUGCGACAUGCCGAUCGGCUUCUUCGACCGGCGCCGGUCGACCAUCGUCGCGAGCAAGUUCAUGUCGGCCCUGGCCUGCGCAGCGAGCUCGCCGAGCUCGCAGGGCUACCACGUCGGCUCGGAGGACUUCUUUGUGCCGCCCAACUCGGCAUUGUCGAGCGCGUCGUCGUCGUUCGACGCCUCACUGCAACUGCCCGAGCCGCCCUCGUUCGACGGUCACGGCGCGCAGCCGAGCCCGGCGUUCGGCUCGCCCGAGUACGGCGGCUCGUUCCAGCCGCAGUCGCACCUUGCGGCCCUCACGGUCGACAGCAUCCUCGCGGCGGCGGCGGCGGGCGACGUCAACGGGUACUCGUGCGACCCGCUCUCGUCCUCGGGCCUGCCCGGCGACGCCGGCGCAUCGCCCGAGUGGCUCGCGUCGACGCAGGACGGCGACGAGUCGGGCGCGGCGAUGCAAACGACGGCGCUCUCGGUCCUCAACGAGCGUCGCCAGCACUUCUCGACGCCGGCGCAGCUCGCGCACGAGCCGGAUCUGCACUUCGUCCACGAGGAGGGGUGCACCUACGUCUACCUCACGAUGGAGCAGAUGCAGGACGAGAAGCUCCUGACCUGGAUCAAGGAGCAAGGCUACGGCAUCGCCGUCCUCAUGCCCUCGCCCGACAUGUCCACACCUCUGCAUCCCUCGCCCGAGGCCAUCCCGGCGCUCGACCAGCUCUGCCUGAGCCCGCCGAGCUCUGCUCCCUCGGUCCUCUGA